UACGAAACCGAAAAUGCCAGUGUCUCUAGGCAGACCUGUCACGAGUCUUCGCGACAAUCGUGCGCAUGCGCAGCGCAGCGCCUCAUUCUACUCGGCAUCAUGGCGGCUCCCAUAGACCUCGAGUUGAAGAAGGCCUUUGCAGAGUUGCAGGCUAAAAUGGUUGACACCCAGCAGAAGGUGAAGCUGGCAGACCUGCAGAUCGAACAGCUGAGCCGCAUGAAGAAGCACUCCAACCUCACGCACGCAGAGAUCAAACUGCUCCCUGACAGCACCCGCAUGUACGAGGGAGCAGGACGCAUGUUCAUUUUACAGUCAAAAGAUGAGAUCGCCAAUCAGCUUUUGGAAAAGCAGAAGACGGCAGAUGAGAAGAUCAAGGAGCUUGAGGUAAGUUAGGACCACGAAAAAAAAAAACAACAACAGCAAUUUCUCUUACUUCUC